AUGUAUGUGGUCAUAAGUAUGGAGCCUGGCGCGACUUUGAAUCAACUUAUGGUUUUUAUGACGCAAAAGGCUAUCACGUUUUCGGUGACCGAUCGAAUCAAUAAACUUUGUGAUAAGAAUGGUGAGUGGAGUAUUUUUAGGAGGGAACUAUUCAGAAGUGUUUUGAAUCUAGAUUUUGCUCAGAUCUUUCAUCAAAAUCAUUCAAAAAAUACUUGAAAUCAUCAAUAACUUGAGUUACAGUAAAUCCGGAAAAAUGUGAAAUCUCAACUCAAACCGAAGAACAAACACAAACACCUUCGAUAUCUGGACCGCCUGCCAAAAAAUCACGCCCAGAAGAAUGCGAUUCGCCGUGCUCUUCAGCCACACCUUCUGAGCCGACAAUCGAUAAAAAUGGAUGGGAUUCGGAAACUGCUUUGCUAAAAAAUUUGAUUGAUGGAAAUGACAAUGAUAAGGAGACUGAUGAGAUUCAAGCACAGAUUUAUGCUGCACUCUUUGCGAAGAUUCAGGUAAUUUUCAAAACUUUUUCAAAGGAGUGGUUGAUGUUUUUCUACCUUCGAAAUAUAUCAUUCAUAAAAAGUUAUUUUUCAGCCUGAAAAUAUGGAUGAAGAAUCUGAAUCAUCCAAUCCAACACCAAGCCUCGAUUUAAAUAUUUUCAACAACUCUGACACUAGCGGCUCAAAUUAUCGAUAUAAAGCUCAAUACGCUUCAACGAAACGUGGAGUUUGUCAAGUUUGUAAUCGUGAAGUUUCAUUAAUAACAACUCAUCGAAAACGGCACGCGAAUACACAUUUGGGAUUCAAAAGUUUGAAAUGUACAGUGUGUCAUAAAUAUUUUGCGAGACAAGAUUUGGGAACAGGACAUUUUAAGAAAGAACAUCCUGACAUGGAAUUUAUACCAUUUGUUGAUACAAUGUGAGUUUGAAGAAAGUUUCUGAAUAGAUUUCGAACUACGUUUUUUGCAGGUCUGCUGACGAUGAACAACAAUUAGCCCUAAUGAUGAAUCUAUGUUUCCCGGAAGAAAUGUCAAAAAAGAAUAAAUCGAAAGCUGAAACUGAGGCUUCGACAUCGCCAUCACCCUCAAAAACUAUUAAAGACACAUCAGCCACUGGAAAAAACAGAUUUCCCGCAUUUAUUUUCAAAUGA